GGGGCCGCCAUAUUGUCUGCUGAACCUACCGCUCCAGCCGCCGCCGCCGCCGCCGCCGCCGCCGAGUCGGAGCGAGCGGGAGAGCCGCGAUGGAGACCAUGGCCAGCCCAGGGAAAGAUAACUAUCGAAUGAAGAGCUAUAAGAACAAUGCCCUGAACCCUGAGGAAAUGAGACGAAGAAGAGAGGAAGAGGGCAUUCAGCUCCGGAAGCAAAAGCGGGAGCAACAACUUUUUAAACGGAGAAAUGUGGAGCUAAUUAAUGAAGAAGCUGCCAUGUUUGACAGUCUCCUUAUGGACUCCUAUGUGAGCUCUACUACUGGGGAAAGUGUUAUCACAAGAGAGAUGGUAGAGAUGCUUUUUUCUGAUGAUGCUGACCUGCAGUUAGCAACCACACAGAAAUUCCGGAAACUGCUCUCCAAAGAGCCCAGUCCUCCAAUAGAUGAAGUUAUCAACACUCCAGGAGUAGUAGAUCGAUUUGUGGAGUUUCUAAAGAGGAAUGAGAAUUGUACAUUACAGUUUGAAGCUGCCUGGGCACUAACAAACAUUGCUUCUGGAACCUCUCAGCAAACCAAAAUUGUCAUUGAAGCAGGGGCUGUUCCCAUUUUUAUAGAGCUGCUUAACUCAGACUUUGAAGAUGUACAAGAACAGGCAGUCUGGGCACUGGGAAACAUAGCUGGUGACAGCUCCGUAUGCCGAGAUUACGUCUUGGACUGUUCCAUCCUUAAUCCUUUGUUAACACUCCUUACCAAGUCCACAAGACUGACAAUGACACGAAAUGCAGUCUGGGCCCUGUCAAACCUCUGCCGAGGGAAGAAUCCACCCCCUGAGUUUGCAAAGGUCUCCCCCUGUUUGCCUGUGCUGUCUCGCCUACUCUUCAGCAGUGACUCAGACUUGCUGGCAGAUGCUUGCUGGGCCCUUUCUUAUUUGUCUGAUGGCCCCAAUGAGAAGAUCCAGGCAGUCAUAGAUUCUGGAGUCUGCCGGAGAUUGGUAGAACUACUAAUGCACAAUGAUUACAAAGUGGCCUCUCCAGCCCUGAGAGCUGUGGGUAACAUCGUCACUGGGGAUGACAUUCAAACCCAGGUCAUUCUUAAUUGUUCAGCCCUUCCUUGCCUCCUCCACUUGCUGAGCAGUCCCAAGGAGUCCAUCCGGAAGGAAGCUUGCUGGACCAUUUCAAAUAUUACUGCUGGCAACAGAGCUCAAAUACAGGCUGUCAUAGAUGCAAAUAUCUUCCCUGUAUUGAUCGAAAUCCUUCAGAAAGCAGAAUUCCGUACAAGGAAAGAGGCAGCCUGGGCCAUCACCAAUGCCACAUCAGGAGGAACCCCUGAGCAAAUCAGGUACCUGGUCUCACUGGGCUGCAUCAAACCCCUAUGUGACUUGCUGACUGUGAUGGAUUCAAAGAUUGUGCAAGUGGCCCUCAAUGGACUAGAGAAUAUUCUUCGACUUGGAGAACAAGAAGGCAAACGCAGUGGCUCAGGGGUCAAUCCCUACUGUGGCCUCAUUGAGGAAGCCUAUGGCUUGGAUAAAAUUGAAUUUCUCCAGAGUCAUGAGAAUCGAGAAAUCUACCAGAAGGCUUUUGAUCUUAUUGAGCACUAUUUUGGAGUAGAAGAUGAUGAUAGCAGCUUGGCUCCCCAAGUGGAUGAAACACAACAGCAAUUCAUCUUCCAGCAGCCUGAGGCCCCCAUGGAGGGCUUCCAGCUAUAAUAUCUGCCUCCAGGGAGGGGAGAGGAUGGGAAGCACCACCAACCAGCGGAAAAGCAGCCCUUUGGUGAGCGGGAAGCCAGGCCCCCACCAUCAGCCACCACACACCUCUGCUGCCCUGGAGACUGUGCUCUUCAACCUGCUCACCCCCUUCCCUGGAGGGCGCACCCUCUGGACAGACAGAACCAUCUGAGGCUCACCUUUGGGUUUUGUGACAAGAAGGGGACGUGUUGGGUUUUUCUUCCUUACACUAUAUUUUGGCUGCACACGUGUCUUUAACCCAGGAGCCCAGGGGUAUACAAAGGAGGACUGAGGUAAUCAAUUUUGCACCUUUUAUUUUCUUCCCCCUUUAGUGGUGUCUGACUCCCUUUAUAUCUUCCUUCAUCCUAGUCCUCUGCCCUGAUCUGUGUAACUCUUAUCUUGGGUACUUGAGCAGAUGGAAUAUUCCAGAGGUGGGGGGUGGGGGGGAGGGAGAGGAGAAAUCCAAAACAAAGUGUUCUUGCUCUGACAGAAUAUUAAUCUUGUAUGCUUGGAUUGAGUUAUUUAAUUUUUUUCCUUUUGCACAUUUUUCUUGUAUUAAGACUGCUCUUUCCAAGAACCAUGUGUUCCUGGUUUUAGGAAUCCAGCUGCCAGCAUUGUCUGGGACUAGAGGCUGAGGUAGAGGCUAUUGUGAGACAAAGGCCCUUUCCUCCCUCUGAUUGCCCAGACCUCUCUAGUUAGGGAAAUCACCCUCACUUUUCCUGGGGCAAGUACACCAGUGGGAGUGCAGGGGAGGAGCACAGGCCUUCAUACAGGGCUGCCCAUGUGUCGCUACUGAUCUCAUGUUUCCUACUCACCUUCCAAUGGUGCGACCCAACUUUAUUUGUUUACUUGAAAAUUCCCCUCAGAGUUGAAUGAAUCUCUGAGGACGCUGUAUUUUCUCCUAAACCUGAGAUGAGGGCUGUGGCCCUUCUUUUCUCUUGAGGAGAAAGUUCUUGCUCUGGUGACCCCUAAGUUACAGAAGAGUUUAGAGUGAGAGUGUCAUGUAUUGGGAUAGCCAGAGAUCCCUGCCUUUGGCCUUUCUUCUUCCUCUUCCAUAGUUGGAUCAUGUAUAUUUUACUUCCAAAGGAGAGAAUGUCCAAAAAAAAAGUUCUGUAUUUUUUUAUAUUCUAUAUAUUAGGUAGAUCAAUUGUAAUUGGUCUCGAGAGGAAGAACUGUCUGUAAUUUCUGUAAGCAGGAUACUGUAAGGAAGACCAAAAAAAGAGAUGUGGAAGCUCCCUCGCUUAGGAAGCCUAAUUUUCUCUCUGCUUGGAUACUGGGCUGCCACGUAGGACCAACUUUUCACUCUAAAACCUAGAAUAGCAGGCCAGUGUAGUCUCACUGUCCUAGCACCUAAAGGAAUAAGAAUGGCCUCAAAGCAUGGUGAAAUUCCAUCACUCUGUUCCUUACUGUUGAGUAUCUUACAUCUAGGAACCCAGAAAGCGGUCUGCCUCCUCAGAUUCAGUCUCAGAAACUCUUAUCAAUAUGUUACCACACAUGGCUGCCUAUCUUAUUAGCAUAGAAACUUCACUGCCUCCGUACCUUUAUGAGUUUCUGGUGUCUUCCUUUUUGGCAGUCCUUAUACCAGUAUGGGUUCUGUACCUCCCUCUCUUGAGUAAAGCUAAUACAGGGCCUCUUUGGCUUACCUGUGGAUUACAUAUGAUAGUAAAGCCUAGCUUGGAAGGAAUAGAGUGGGAGUGCUAUCAGGUAAGUGUAGAAUAGCUGUGGAGUUAAAGGCACAUUUUGCCCUUAAGCUGCCUCCCUAUAGUGAUCCACGGUGGUAAGCUGUACUUUUCCUUCUCCAGAAACAGUGCCAUUCUUGCUUCCAUUCCAGUGCAUCCUCUCAGGCUCAGGUAAAAUGCAAGCCUCUGCUUACAGACAUAAAGUUGGGUGCUCACUACUGGCCAUUGGUAUUGAUUUUCCCCUUUCCUAUUACUGAGAUCCAAUUCCAGAGCUAUUUUCUGAGGAUGUGGUAUGGGGCUAGUGGUUAUCACUGAAGUGCCACAUCAAUGCUAAUCACCUCAGUGAGUCAGGUGCCAUUCUUUCACUAAGGAAGGAUUGACCAGCACCAACCUCUCUGGGAGGCCUGGGGCUGAGCCAUUUCACUUGGCUGUCGACUCAUUACAAAACCCUUCUCUACAGUUUCAAAGAAAAGUUGCCUCCCACCCUGUCCUUGUAUGAAGGGCAGAGCACUUUAGUAGGAUCUACUUCGUACAUCUUAAAGCAAUAUUUAAAUCCCUGACAUUGGCGCUAAAUUUCUGUAAGACUUACAUAUCCUGCUUUCCUAGCUGUUCCUCUAAAAUCUCCUUUCCCUUCAGAUUUGGGCCUUGUACUAUAUUGGGAGACUUUAGAUCAUCUGGCUGCUGCUUAAUGUCAAGUCUUCAAGGACUUCAAAAGCCCA